UAAUAUGAUCGACCGGAGAAGGAUUUGACAGCGGUUCUUAAUCCGUGGCGGGUGUAAUGUGUGGAACAUCAGCGCCCGUUGCCACCGUGACCGAACCUCGGGGACGAUCUUGUUGGAGAAAUCAUCGCAGACGCACCCGUGCGUUCGGUCGUUCUCGCCUUCUCCAUCGCUACACUGUUGUGUGACACUGUAGGGUGACGUGGUCUUAUCAAUGAUCGACGCUGGUGUUGCAACAUUGCAUCAGCAGGGCAGGAUUCACUGCUGGACAAUUGACUGCCUUCAAUCAAUUGUCAGAGUCGAGCGAGACCGCAAUUCGCGCAUCGCUGUUGGCUGUAUAAAAUAACAUGAUGGAGACUUGCAAAGCAUUUUUCAGAUACUCUGCACAUUUCUGACCUCAACUUACAGGAUAGAAAAAGCUUGAGCGCUUCCAGCCUUUGCAGAGCAGUACUGUUGCAAAUCAAUCGAGCAAGCGACGCGGGCUCCCAAUAUGGAGGCCAUCUUCAACACUACAGGCUCGAACCAGCCGAUCAAACAGCAGGCGAUGUACGAGCAAGGCAACCGGCAGCAGGAAGAGAAUGCCAAGCGCAACGGUGCUGGUCAGCCGACACAAGGUGGGGAGGGUGGCCAUGCACAAGUAGGAAGCAAAGACCCUCACGAUUUUGACCCUUCUGGCGGUCCUGGCUCGAUGGGAAACAAGCCGGUGCAAGACCUGGUAUUGUGAGCCGUCAAACCCGGCAGUAGCCCAAUCAAAGGAAGUUCCCACCUCGGAGGACACCAUGGCCGGCAAAUGACUUCCGUCACGCUGUCAAGCUCAAACUUCAUCCAAUGAAGCCCGCUAGUGUCUUUCACCGUCGAAUCAACUAACCCUUAUCGGGCGGGCCAUCGUGAGUGUUGCUGUGCGGGAUGGCGCACCGGUCGAACCUCGCAUGCACCAUCUGUA